AUGCACGCCGACGAGGCUGUCCUCAGUCCUGGGACGAACGGCGCUCGCGGGAAGCUCAAGCAGCGGCGCUCGCGAAAAGCAUGUCAACACUGUCAUACGCGCAAGAUACGCUGCAAUGUGCUCGAGAGCGGCACGCCAUGCUCGAAUUGCGUCGAUGCCGGCACGACGUGCAUCAUUCGCCGCCGGAAGAACCAGAGAAGGGAGUCCACUCCGCCUGAUAACGGCCACCAUGCGGUGCUCGACCAGUCGCACAGCUGGAGGGUGAACAAUCCACCCCCGACCUGGACCAACAACAAUGCGGUGCAACGCCCCUUGGGUCCCCAGAGAGCACCCACAGACCCCAAUAGCGGCCAAUUCGUGGAGAACCAGUCGCAAAGCUCGACCUCGCCUCCAUCUGGCGAUGGCCGCGUCAACGCAUGGCCGGACCUAAAUGCCUCGCUGUCCUGGGAUCAGAGUGCUAUUGUGGAUGUCUCUUCGGCCAGCUGCGACUUUAGCCAUUUGACCGACCUGGACGAUAUCUUUACCUUCACGGGCAACUCAUUCUUACCUCCUACGCUGCCAGAGGCACAAAGCGUGAAUGGCUAUGCUUGGCAGCAACAACAGCAGCCACAGCAGUUCCAACAAAAUCUUAGCCCGGCGCCGAUGUUACCAGGUCCUGGGUCUGUGAUCAAUGGGGUCAAUAGCGUUUCACCUCGACGUCCGUCAGUCAUUCAUACCUCAGUGCAUAUCCCAGGAUUGAAUCCGCGGGAUCAUGAAUACUUGCGAGGUGAAGGCUGCUUCGAUCUACCGCCGGCGCAUGUGCUGCGGGAAAUGAUGCGCAUGUACUUCAAGAUGAACCACCCCAACUUGCCCAUUGUGGAUGAGAACCACUUCUGGUCCCUGUGGAAUGGCGAUGAGUAUCGAGUCGGCGAGUAUUCCUACUUACUGCUGAGGUCAAUGAUGUUUGCCGCCACCAGUUAUACGGAGCUGGAAACACUGUCUCAAGUUGGCUUUGUGUCCAAGCGCGAGGCGCGCAAUACUCACUAUCGACAAGCCAAGCUGCUCUUCGACUUCGGCAUAGAACGAGAUCCUGUGGCAAACGCUCAGGCCUGCUUGCUACUCUCCUACAAUGCGCCCAACUAUAACAUUAUGCGACUGAAUACCUACUGGGUGACGUGCGCUAUGCGCUUUGCCUCUAUCGCCCGAGCAGAUUCAUACUAUCGGAUCCGCGACCCGAUCAGGUCACGACUGCUCAAGCGGCUCUGGUGGGGCGUCAUAUUCCGCGAUCGCAUACUGUCCUUAGGUCUUCGGCGAAAGCUCCAAGUACAACUCGAUCCGGACUGGGCUGACACCGACAAGCAUUUCCUCGUCGCUGAAGAUUUCCAGAAUGAGCUGGGACAAUCGCCGGUCCACGACACCGAGACUCAACUCCGAAUCGUGGAAGUCCUGGCAGCCACCUGCCGCUUGAUGCAGAGCCUGUCGCGGGCGUGCGAGAUCUUGUAUCGCUAUGAGCACCUAGACGACCGACUGGAAUCCAUCUCGAAGUCAGUGCCGGCAACCAUCUCGGGCAUUCAACGUUGCUUGGAGUCUCUUCGUCAUUGGCAGUACCACGCAAUACGAUUGUUUCCUUUCCCAAUUAGCCUGGACGAUGCCCCAGAGACCAUUUGCGUUUAUGCAAACAUGAUGUUCUCAUACCAUGCAGCUGCAGUGUUUGGGCUGAACACGUACCUCAUCCUCAUGCGUGAGAUUCUCCCUGCUGCGAAGAGUCUCUUCUCGUUGGAGGAAGCGCACGAAGCGCUUCAGAUUGCGAACAAUGAUGUCGCAAGACGGACGCAGGAGUUGGUCCAAGUGCGUCUUGUUCAGUUCCUCCCCAUCAGCGCUUCAGCAAUACUCGCCUUGCCGCUGAUCUUGCAAGCGAUCAACGUCUCAGCCGCUCGCGGCUCAGGCAUGGAAGCAGUCGAAAUACGCCGCCUCGACGUCUUCACCCGCACCCUGCGCAGCCAACAACAAUCCUUCGACGGCUCCGACUUCUGCGCUGAUGUUCUCGGCAACGUCGUCGCCUAUGCGCAAGACGACGCCAAGUUCGUAAGCUCCAUGUCGAACUGGCGGGAAAACGGCAAGGACACGAACGGCGCGGCGAACAUGCCGAACGGAUCGAACAACAAGAUCAAGCUGGACUGGGGGAACUUGAUCUACAAGCGGCCGAGAUUGUUCUUGAGAUUGGUAUUGUAUCUGGAUCACGCAUUUAGUACGGGCGGACCACCGCAGGAUGAUGACUUCCCUGCAGAGCUGCAGAGAGGCGCUGCUUGA